AUGUCGUUUCCACCGAAUAGAUCGCGUCCAUCUCGCAAGCCAGCCGAAGCCGAUCUUCGUGGUUCAAUGAAUCGUUCGGAAUCAAUGGAUCCUUCAGUUCCCCAGUUCGUUCCUUCUCAGCUAAGACACAGAAAGAAGGAAAGUAUCUCAAGUUCUGGUAUUUCUGCUAGCAGCCCAUCGACCAGAGGCGGUAGAGCAGAGGUUUUCGACAAUCGCUCCGUCUCGCAAAGCUUACAAGACUGGGUAGAGACUAGGAUUUCCAAUAUCAUCCGCACAAUCCGAGAGACAUCGGCCAUCCCACCACACGUUCAAGAGGACGUCAGCAACGAGUUGCACAACUUUAUUGUUGAUUUCAUUGCUCAGCAUGUGUUUUUCACUGAACACGAAGAGAAAUGGAAAAAUCAAAUCCGACAUCUUGAACGUCAACUUCAAAAUGCUUCAAGCGGUUCUUCUGAUCAAUCCCGUUCCGAGUUGCUUGCUAUUAUCGCUCAGCAGCGCGAGGAGUUACAAGUCAAGGAGAACCAACUGAACGGAAAGAGAAUCCUUUGGCUCGCGUCACAUCCACCAGCUUCGCAACAGAGAGCCGCCGUGAACGCUUAUCCCUCAAUUCUUCCAGGAGGUAGCAGUCGUUCGCAAUUUCAAUUGGAAUCUGCUCCUUCGGUCAACAAUUCAGGUUAUCGCAGCAAUGGCAAGACAUCCAUGGCACGUCUCUCAAGAGCUUCGUUGGCCGCAAUGGAGAAUGCUGCCGUCGGAGAUCAAAUAUCCCCUACCCAAGAGGAGUACAAUCGUGUCAAGGCAUCCGUUACCGUCGCAGUUCCCGAUAGUGCUCUGGAGAGUGUUCCAUCCAUCCUCAACUUGCGCGACCAUAUGAAUAGCGAGACUGAAACCGUUGUCAACCACCGUCGUUCUCGCUUGCCUCUUGUACCAUACAAGAGCCAACCCGACAAUGUCCAAGACAUGAGUAUCAAUUUCACCAAUGAUUUCGCCAAGAUUUUUGGUUCCAUGGAAGGCUGGUGUCGCGAGUAUGCAUGCAUUCCCAAUCUUGCUGGAGAUCGUACAAUUGCCAGCACAAAUCAAAACCUCUGGCAUUACAUGAUGAGCGUCACCUACAAGGAUCCUCAGAGUGCUCAUAGUCAUGUCAUGGCUCUCUUGGGCAAUGAGAAUACCCGCUACUGGUUCGUCAUGAGAAUGGCUCUUGAGUACUGCUUCAAUCAAAUUAUGAGCAUCAGCGCCUUUCAAAAAUACAACCACGGUGUUCAUGAUCAUUUGGCCAGCAUCAAGGAGCGUCUUGCAUCUAAGCCUAUUCCAUCUGCCGAAAAGCGUCAAGAGCUUGUUGCUGAGCAAUCCGCACUCAUCAAGUCGGUCAUCAACUCACCAGACUACAUUGCAUUUCGCAAUGAUUCUCUUGUCUACCACACCAAGGCUCUUCGCGACAUGCUCGGUCCGUUGAUGAACAAGGGUUGCUCCCGUACAAAGGCUGGUGGCGAUCUUGGUGUCAUGAUCAUUUCCUCCAUGGAGCUCGGUGCAAAGAUGUGGACCGCUAAGUUGAGCUUCCAGAUUGUUUUCCCGGAGCUUCUUGGUACCAAGUUCACCGCUGGCACCAUGAUUGCAAAGGAUCAUCCAAAGGACAAUCCAUACCAAUUGCAGACCAAGCAAAAGCGCCUUAAGUUGGUUAUGACACCUUCUAUCACCAUGCGUGAUGACAAUUCCAUCACCAUCAUCGCCAAGAACCUUCACAAGGCGAACGUUCUUCUUAUGACUUAA